AGGACCAGCUGACCGCCCUCACCUCCACCUUCUGCUACAAGUCAGCCGGCAAGGCGGCGGCGGCGGGCGUCAUGCUGCCCGUGGCCGUGGGGCUCGAGCUCAUCGCGGUCCCCGGCAUCGGCUGGUACACCGCCUACCAGCUGUUCAAAUCCACCUCGGCGGCAGCUGGCGGCAGCCGCCUCAACAACUACCUCAAGUCGGACAAGCGCGAGGUCCGCAUCUGCUAUUCGCCCGAGCCCAAGAUGGACCUGUAUAUCCUCAAGGCGCGCCUCAGCCCGGACGGCGUGCUGGGCGGCGAGGACAUUGAGGACUUCUGCCACGACCUCAGGGAGCCGCAGCUGCUGCAGGCGGCGCAGGGCGACGCCAACGCGGGGCCUGACAGCGCCACACUCCGUCGGGCCAUGCCAUAACACGUGUUGACGUUGUAGGCUGCUCGGAACAACCUUGGGAAUAAUAACAACUUCGUGACUCGAAGCUGGGACAGACUAGCCAACAUGAGCCACGCAGGAGAAGGCGCGAGGUGCAACACUAGAGCGGUUUUACGUACGCGAGUCACGCGCGGCAACCUGCCCUUCACCCGCGCCGUCGUGGUGUAGGAUGCGGGCAGCCAUGCCCAGCCGUGCAGCAUGGCCACGAACACUAAUUUCUUUCUUGCUAGCUAGGUGCCAUGCUUGAGAUUUGCAGUGUCUUGCAUAAGAGUCACUACCAAUCAAGCAGUAGGUACACCCAUAGAUAGCAUCACCCCGGCGGACGCAGGACAGGCGCGCACGUGAAUGCCUCCAAACGCCGCGGGGAUGCAUGCACACAAUGUCCCGUACGUGCCGAUACCGUACGCCACGGCGGCUGUGGGGUGUACCGUAAUAGCAGGGAGGGCAACAUGAAGGGUAACACCUCAGCAACCCCAGCAAGGCUGGCCUGGUCGAGCGGCGCGGAGGGGUGAAGGAUACCCGGCACGCGUGGAACACGCAAUGUAUCUAUAGUGAUAGAAGGCGUAGUGAUGGGAGGAAAUAAGGAGCACUCGGGGCCGCGAUGGCGGGUUGGAUGCGCCACGGGCCCCGGCCCAGCCAAAGGGAGCGAACGCCGGGCGGAGCCGGUGGGUGAGCGACUCGAGGGACGUGCCAGUAGUGAACCCAUCGCAGUGGCGGAUGGGUCAUCCAAUGUGAGAGAUGAUACAGCCACGCCGGCAGCCAAACUCCGCACUCGCCCACGUACGGGCACGUUGUGGUACUGCUGUGAGGAGGCCGGGCUGAGUUGGGAUGCCUGCCGACUGCCAAGCCCGCAGGGCACUGUCGGCCUGGCUACCCACAUGUGAGCCUGUGUCGCCAUACGCUCUUAAUAGUAAUGACAUAUAGCACACUGCUCCUAGCACUUCGGUGAUAAGUAAUUGCCCCGCCGGGUGAAGUAAGGCCGGGGCUGAAAGGAACCAAGGCUGGUUCCCUAGGCGUCCACUGGCGAGUGGGCAGGCGACACAUUCAGUUGGCAUUGACGUGCAGGGGUUCCUGUUGACGUGCGUUGCGGAACUAAUGCGUACGUUGGCUU